GAGCGUGCUCGCUUGGAUCCGCUCUAGCGGGUUCUCUCUUCCUUCUCCCUCUUGGCAUCUUUCUGCCACGCGCUUGAGUACGAGCUGAGCGCCUGAGCUGUCGCCCUGGUACUUCUGGUGCAAAUGAAUUGAAAUGAGUGUAAAUGCGGGAGCAGCUGGGGGGGAGCUGGGGUGGCUGCGGGGGCAGAGCACCCACCUCUCCCCUGCGAUGUCUGUCUCCGCAGGGUGAUGCGAGAAGGAGCCCGGCAUGCCUUAUCUGGACCGACAGAACCGUAUCUGUGGGUUUCUGGACAUUGAAGAAAAUGAGACCUGCGGCAAGUUUCUGCGGAGGUAUUUCAUCCUGGACACCCAGGCCAACUGCCUGCUGUGGUACAUGGACAACCCUCAGAACCUGGCUAUCGGAGCGGGUGCCGUUGGAUCUUUGCAGCUGACCUACAUCUCCAAGGUAAUUGACUCGCCCCAGCAGCACCCGAAACUCCCUUCUUUGAUAGUUAUCAAUGCUUUAUCUCAGCGCUAUUUCUUGCAAGCCAGUGAUCAAAAAGACCUGCAGGACUGGGUGGAGGCUCUGAACCGCGCCAGUAAGAUUACGGACAAGGAGCCCUUGCGUUCGAUCCUCCUGAAGGACGUGUGCAAGACCCACGAAUGCCUGGUCAAGUCCGGUGACCUCCUCAUGCGGGACAACCUGUUUGAAAUUAUAACAAGCUCCAGGACGUUCUACAUCCAGGCAGACAGCCCUGAGGACAUGCACAGCUGGAUCAGAGCAAUCGCGGGGGCAGUCCAGGCCCUGAAAACCCGCCCGAGGGAAAUCUCCUUUAUGAGAUCCACGUCCAUGGUCAAGCCUGGAGGCUCCAACCUUUCCAGCUCCUCAACCCCUUCCUUGUGCCAGCUGAGGCAGCCGGCGGAGGAGCGGAAAGCGCUUUGCAAAACCCCCUCGACCUCGGCCUGGCAGCCGUGGACGCCGGGGCCGCAGCCGGAG